AUGGUCGGCAGGGCUGAUGUGGAGAGCGACAUUGUCAAUGAGCUGCUUCGCCAGCUCAGCGAAGACAGCUCUGCGGUGAGAGCUGGCCAGCCUGAGAGCCCAGAUCAAACCGCUGAUCAGGAAGCCAACCUCGGAGACGAGGAGGAGGAAGAAGAGCAGGAAGCGGAGGAGGAGGAGGACGAGGAGGAGGAAGGAGAGGAGGAGGAAGGAGAGGAGGAGGCAGAGUGCAGCAACCUGGAGGGUCUUGAAGAGGAAGACGUCGCCGACAGCACAGAAAGCUGGCGCACAGGCCACGGCAGAGGUUUGCCCGAUGGCUUGCGACAGGAGCUGCCUGCUUCAUUCGCAGGAACAUGGGCUGCCUCGUCAGAGAGGAGGCUUUCACGCGACAACGCUGAGACAGCUGCGGGUCUGGCAGGUCUGCACAGUCUCGAGGAGCUGGGCCAGUCCUCGAGCGGCAGCGACUCUGAAGAAAACAAGUCCAGGUGUCUUCUUGCGGAUCCACUGUCUACGAUGCCUUGGUCAGGCGGCCAAAGUUGCAUGCCUGGGCAGCAGGUAGUUCCCGGAGCAGCCGCAAAAAGCGUUGAAGCACCGGAAGAUCAAGGUCGCAGAAGCUCAGAAUUGCCCUCCAUGGGCAUGUGCAGCGGGCCGAUGCAGCCACCGCCCGACGGGCCUCAGCCGCUAACACAUCCAGUGAUGAUGCAAGCAGAGCAGGAGUUGCAUGCGUGUACAGCCGCCCAAUCCAGGCAUACAUCGUCGUCUUCUUCUGAACACGAUUUCCUUCCCGAAGAAGACUCUGCGCCCGAGAUGCCCCGAGGCCCCGGUGCCGGUGUCGCAAUGCCAGGUUUGCACCUUCCGCUUGAGCAUGCAGCUCGAGUCAUGCCUUCUGGUCCAGGCAGUUCAAGGUCAUGGAAGCGUCAGAGCCCUUCCCGCGCACAGCAUGCAGCAGCAGCUGCGACGGCAGCUGGGCUGACACCACGAGGUAUCAAUGUCCAGGAGUACGAGGAUCAGGGGCUGUGGAUCCCCAUUGACACGAGCAAGAAGGAGAACAGCGAACAGGCGACUGUGAGCGCAAUCCUCGAGUGCCGAGCCCCCACUGGAUACAUUGACCUCAUGGAACUUCAUGAAGGCUGCCAGAAGCAGUUGGAAGGGAGGAUCGGUCGCUCACCGCCCAGCGCAGCCAGUGCAAGCGCCAGUCCUUCGGAACAUGUGGUGCCGAAAACAAAGCUCACACGCCCAGUGGCGCGACCACGGCUCCGGGGUGGUCCGGCAGCAAAAAGCCAAAUGCGGAGAAGUGUGCAAAGUGCACCAGGCAUGCAGGCGACUCUGUGCAAGUUCGUGCAGACUGAUGUGGCGGCAGAUUCACCUGUGGCACCGUCAGACGUGGUUCUCGAAGAAAGUCAGCCCCUGCCAUACCUUGAGCGUGCCUCCGGAAUGACCUACCAG